CACCUCCUAUACCCCAUCUAUGCAUUAUUUUUGCAUUUGAUUAAGGGCCGAUACUUCAUCUUCUAUUGUGAAAGAGAGAAAGCUCUGGGGUUGACUUUCACAAAAAUCAAUCCAUAGUUGGAGGAAGCUAGGAGGAAGAAAACCUAAGAGGAACUAAGCUAGAAGAAAGGAGUUGAAAUCGCCGGAAACCGCCAAGAAAACAGGCUGCCUGCUACUGCUGUCCAGGUUUUUCACGAAAGCCGCUCGGCUUUCACUUGCUGUCCAGGUUUUUCACUUUCGAACGGCCUAGAACGAGGACGGGUCGAAGGGCUUCGCAAGGGCAACUAGUCAAGCACUCUAUAAGAGACCUCAACCAAAACGGUAUAGUUGGCGUGUAUAUUAGAGAAAGAAGAUAACGAAAGCCGAAAGGAAAGAAAUACAGGCGAGACACUUCGAGCAGUCCCCUCUCCCAGGGCAGUGAAUACAGAGAUCAACGCUCGUGACCAAUAUAGAAUAGGCUUUGGUUCCUUGGGAUCUUUCUUACUUUUUAGCUGGCACACUGAUUUGCUGAUUUGCCGCUGUCAUGGCAGGAAUGCAUCCACACCAAGAAUAUACCACCAGCACUGCAUAUCUCUUCUUGUCGUACAGUAACAAUGUACGUCAUGAACUCAUGAUGAAGGUUACUCUCUGCAUGCCAUUGAUAUUUGUGUCUGAUGAACAAGGUUUGGUGGUUGAAUCUCCACGCUUACUUGUGCGACUUCCUCUCCAAAAUCGACCGGGCAUGGUAUGUGCUAAAUUAGGCUCCAAGUUUUACUUCCUCGGAGGUGAGAAACGUGACGUUCUGGUAGGUGACAACCGGAUCUUGGUCGGUGACAAGAAUGUUGAAUCUAACUUGGAAUAUGAGAACAAGGUUGAUGACAAGAAAAUUGGAACUAAUCUGUGCUGAAUCAACAAGUUGGGUAAACAAAGGAUUUCCAAGCAAGGAAUGUUAUGAUAUUUUGGAGUUAUUAUCUUGCUAUGUAAUAUUAAAUCAUAGAUUUAAAUUACGAUAUUUGUUUUAUUGUAUAAUUUAAACAUUUAAUGGAUCUUAAAAACGUUUUUAAUUACAAUGUUUC